CUUCUGUAAAUGGGAUAUGGAGGGCAGUGUGCAAAGAGAAGCAGUAGAUCAGAGGCAAGCUUAUGCCAAAUACUUUCCUAUUGAGAUACCAUUCCUUCUGUACCAGUUCUCGGAACACUUUUAUCGCCUUCUGUACCAACAAUAUUUUUUCCAGCAACUCUCCAAGGAGGCGCUUGAGGGGGAUUUAGGGGUUUUAAACACCUCCAUCACUCGUCAGUGUUUGACGCAAAGCUAUGUUGCUAACUACACCGGUGACGAGGAGUUUGUUCAGUUACAAGAAAGAGUUAAUCGUCUAAAUAUGUACUCUGAGUUAACGUUCUUGGGAUUUUCAUUGCUAGUUGGAUUAGUGUUGGGCCCAUUGUCUGAUAUUGUAGGUAGGAAGCCAAUCAUGCUCACUGCAGUUGUAGGUCUGUGCUUAACUGCCCUCCUCCAGUUUGCUAUCAUUCAUUUCUCCCUAAAUGUCUAUUACUAUUUGUUGUGCUCUUUAUUUUUCGGUGCUUCUGGUGGUUUUGCAACUGUCAUGACUGUCAUCGUAGCUACUGUGCAUGAUGUAACUCCUAACAACUCCAAGGCAUUCACUAUACGUAUUGGGAUCGUUGAGUCUUGUAUAGCCAUUGCAAAAGCCACUACAUCAAUAGCUACUAAUGACUGGAUUCAAAAGACAAACUGUAAUUUUGAGCCUCCUGCUUGGCUAAUGAUUACCAUCACAGCAUUGGCAAUGAUAACUGUCAUACUCAUGCCAGAGUCGUUAUCAAAAAAAGUCAGACUGCAUAACCAGGAGCUUAGCAAUAGAGGAUUUAAUAAAAUUGUUACUGGCAUCAAGCUAUACGUAAUGCCUUCGUACAUUGGGUGUAAGAAUUAUUUGAUAUUAUGGACAGCUACUAUCAUAAUUUGUUUGGCUUCAUUAGGACUUGGAGCUUCCUAUAGUAUCAUGAAUUAUUUUCUACACAAUGAACCUCUUCAAUGGACCUAUGAUCGAAUUGGUACAUAUGGUGCCAUUUAUUCAGCUGCCAUGGGAGUGUCUCUUAUAGUACUGCUACCUAUUCUAGUGUUUUUGAGGCUCUCAAUUUAUUAUAUUAGUCUUAUUGGAGCGAUUGCUGCUGUUGUCACCAAUAUUUUAAUUGCAAAUAUCAGUUCCAAAUCUACUAGUGAAAUGUUUGUUCUUGGAAUAUUUCAGGGGUUACUUAUACUUGUUUAUCCUACCAUUCGAUCCUGCAUAGCAGAAGUUGUUGGUCCAGAAAGACAAGGUUCAGCAUUUUCUAUUGCAACGUCAUGCCAAGUGGUUGCAGGAAUGGCUUCAAUUGUUGCAUCAAAUGAGAUUUAUCAUCCACAAGUCAGUUCCCAUGCUAAUGCUGGCAUUGUUUUCUGGAUAAUGGCUGGAGCGUGGAGUCUCACCAUUCCACUAAUUCUGUUACUAGCAUUCAAAGACAAAUUAUGCAAAAAUAAAUCUGCACUUUUUGAAGCAGAAAAGAAGAGCUAUGGAGCUGCAAUACAAUAAACAGAUUAUUAA